AUGUCGGUGUUCACAGCGCUGAGGGUCACCCCGCCCCAUUCUCCCGCUUUCCAUCACCCCGCCCCAUUCUCCCAUCACCCCGCCCCAUUCUCCCGCUUUCCAUCACCCCGCCCCAUUCUCCCGCUUUCCAUCACCACGCCCCAUUCUCCCGCUUUCCAUCACCCCGCCCCAUUCUCCCGCUUUCCAUCACUACGCCCCAUUCUCCCGCUUUCCAUCACCCCGCCCCAUUCUCUCGCUUUCCAUCACCCUGCCCCAUUCUCCCUCCUUCCAUCACCCUGCCUCAUUCUACCUCCUUCCAUCACCCCGCCCCAUUCUCCCGCUUUCCAUCACCCCGCCCCAUUCUCCCGCUUUCCAUCACCCCGCCCCAUUCUCCCGCUUUCCAUCACCCCGCCCCAUUUUUCCGCUUUCCAUCACCCCGCCCCAUUCUCUCUCCUUCCAUCACCCUGCCCCAUUCUCCCGCUUUCCAUCACCCCGCCCCAUUCUCCCGCUUUCCAUCACCCCGCCCCAUUCUCCCGCUUUCCACCACCCAGCCCCAUUCUCCAGCUUUCCAUCACCCCGCCACAUUCUCCCACUUUCCAUCACCCCGCCCCAUUGUCCCUCCUUCCAUCACCCCGCCGCAUUCUACCUCCUUCCAUCACCCCGCCCCAUUCUCCCUCCUUUGAUCACCCCGCCCCAUUCUCCCACUUUCCAUCAGCCCGCCCCAUUCUCCCGCUUUCCAUCACCCCGCCCCAUUCUCUCGCUUUCCAUCACCCUGCCCCAUUCUCCCUCCUUCCAUCACCCCGCCUCAUUCUACCUCCUUCCAUCACCCCGCCCCAUUCUCCCGCUUUCCAUCACCCCGCCCCAUUCUCCCGCUUUCCAUCACCCCUCCCCAUUCUCCCUCCUUCCAUCACCCCGCCCCAUUCUCCCGCUUUCCAUCACUCGCCCCAUUCUCCCGCUUUCCAUCACCUCGCCCCAUUCUCCUGCUUUCCAUCACCCCGCCCCAUUCUUCUGCUUUCCAUCACCCCGCCCCAUUCUCCCGCUUUCCAUCACCCCGCCCCAUUCACCCGCAUUCCAUCACCCGCCCCAUUCUCCCGCUUUCCAUCACCCCGCCCCGUUCUCCGGCUUUCCAUCACCCCGACCCAUCCUCCCGCUUUUUAUCACCCCGCCCCAUUCUCCCGCUUUCCAACACCCCGCCCCAUUCUCCCGCUUUCCAUCACCCCGCCCCAUUCUCCCGCUUUCCAUCACCCCGCCCCAUUCUCCCACUUUCCAUUUCCCCGCCCUAUUCUCCUGCUUUCCAUCACCCCGCCCCAUUCUCCCACUUUCCAUCACCCCGCCCCUUUCUCCCGCUUUCCAUCACCCCGCCCCAUUCUCCCGCUUUCCAUCACCCCGCCCCAUUCUCCCGCUUUCCAUCACCCCGCCCCAUUCUCCCGCUUUCCAUCACCCCGCCACAUUCUCCCGCUUUCCAUCACCCCGCCCCAUUCUCCCGCUUUCCAGCAUGCGCUACACUGGUCACCCCGCCCCAUUCUCCCGCUUUCGAUCACCCCGCCCCAUUCUCCCAUCACCCCGCCCCAUUCUCCCGCUUUCCAUCACCCCGCCCCAUUCUCCCGCUUUCCAUCACCACGCCCCAUUCUCCCGCUUUCCAUCACCCCGCCCCAUUCUCCCGCUUUCGAUCACUACGCCCCAUUCUCCCGCUUUCCAUCACCCCGCCCCAUUCUCUCGCUUUCCAUCACCCUGCCCCAUUCUCCCUCCUUCCAUCACCCUGCCUCAUUCUACCUCCUUCCAUCACCCCGCCCCAUUCUCCCGCUUUCCAUCACCCCGCCCCAUUCUCCCGCUUUCCAUCACCCCGCCCCAUUCUCCCGCUUUCCAUCACCCCGCCCCAUUUUUCCGCUUUCCAUCACCCCGCCCCAUUCUCUCUCCUUCCAUCACCCUGCCCCAUUCUCCCGCUUUCCAUCACCCCGCCCCAUUCUCCCGCUUUCCAUCACCCCGCCCCAUUCUCCCGCUUUCCACCACCCAGCCCCAUUCUCCAGCUUUCCAUCACCCCGCCACAUUCUCCCACUUUCCAUCACCCCGCCCCAUUGUCCCUCCUUCCAUCACCCCGCCGCAUUCUACCUCCUUCCAUCACCCCGCCCCAUUCUCCCUCCUUUGAUCACCCCGCCCCAUUCUCCCACUUUCCAUCAGCCCGCCCCAUUCUCCCGCUUUCCAUCACCCCGCCCCAUUCUCUCGCUUUCCAUCACCCUGCCCCAUUCUCCCUCCUUCCAUCACCCCGCCUCAUUCUACCUCCUUCCAUCACCCCGCCCCAUUCUCCCGCUUUCCAUCACCCCGCCCCAUUCUCCCGCUUUCCAUCACCCCGCCCCAUUCUCCCGCUUCCCAUCAUCCCGCCCCAUUCCCCCGCUUUCCAUCACCCCUCCCCAUUCUCCCUCCUUCCAUCACCCCGCCCCAUUCUCCCGCUUUCCAUCACUCGCCCCAUUCUCCCGCUUUCCAUCACCUCGCCCCAUUCUCCUGCUUUCCAUCACCCCGCCCCAUUCUUCUGCUUUCCAUCACCCCGCCCCAUUCUCCCGCUUUCCAUCACCCCGCCCCAUUCACCCGCAUUCCAUCACCCGCCCUAUUCUCCCGCUUUCCAUCACCCCGCCCCGUUCUCCGGCUUUCCAUCACCCCGACCCAUCCUCCCGCUUUUCAUCACCCCGCCCCAUUCUCCCGCUUUCCAACACCCCGCCCCAUUCUCCCGCUUUCCAUCACCCCGCCCCAUUCUCCCGCUUUCCAUCACCCCGCCCCAUUCUCCCGCUUUCCAUCACUCCGCCCCAUUCUCCCGCUUUCCAUCACCCCGCCCCAUUCUCCCGCUUUCCAUCACCCCACCCCAUUCUCCCUCCUUCCAUCACCCCGCCCCAUUCUCCCGCUUUCCAUCACCCCGCCCCAUUCUCCUGCUUUCCAUCACCCAGCCCCAUUCUCCCGCUUUCCAUCACCCCGCCCCAUUUUCCCGCUUUCCAUCACCCCGCCCCAUUCUCCCGCUUUCUAUCACCCUGCCCCAAUCUCCCGCUUUCCAUCACCCCGCCCCAUUCUCCCUCCUUCCAUCACCCCGCCCCAUUCUCCCGCUUUCCAUCACCCCGCCCCAUUCUCCCGCUUUCCAUAACCCCGCCCCAUUCUCCCUCCUUUCAUCACCCGCCCCAUUCUCCCUCCUUCCAUCACCCCGCCCCAUUCUCCCUCCUUCCAUCACCCCGCCCCAUUCUCCCGCUUUCCAUCGGCCCACACCAUUCUCCCGCUUUCCAUCACCCCGCCCCAUUCUCCCGCUUUCCAUCACCCCGCCCCAUUCUCCCGCUUUCCAUCACCCCGCCCCAUUCUCCCGCUUUCCAUCACCCUGCCCCAUUCUCCCGCUUUCCAUCACACCACCCCAUUCUCCCGCUUUCCAUCACACCGCCCCAUUCUCCCGCUUUCCAUCACCCCGCCCCAUUCUCCCUCCUUCCAUCACCCCGCCCCAUUCUCCCACUUUCCAUCACCCCGCCCCAUUCUCCCGCUAACAUCACCCUUCUCGAUUCUCCCGCUUUCCAUCACCCCGCCCCAUUCUCCCUCCUUCCAUCACCCCGCCCCAUUCUCCCGCUUUCCAUCACCCGCCCCAUUCUCCCGCUUUCCAUCACCCCGCCCCAUUCUCCCGCUUUCCAUCACCCCGACCCAUUCUCCCUCCUUCCAUCACCCCGCCCCAUUCUCCUUCCCAUCACCCCGCCCUCCUUCCUUCCAUCACCCCGCCCCAUUCUCCCUCCUUCCAUCACCCCGCCCCGUUCUCCCGCUUUCCAUCACCCCGCCCCAUUCUCCCACUUUCCAUUUCCCCGCCCUAUUCUCCUGCUUUCCAUCACCCCGCCCCAUUCUCCCACUUUCCAUCACCCCGCCCCAUUCUCCCGCUUUCCAUCACCCCGCCCCAUUCUCCCGCUUUCCAUCACCCCGCCCCAUUCUCCCGCUUUCCAUCACCCCGCCCCAUUCUCCCGCUUCCCAUCAUCCCGCCCCAUUCCCCCGCUUUCCAUCACCCCUCCCCAUUCUCCCUCCUUCCAUCACCCUGCCCCAUUCUCCCGCUUUCCAUCACCCGCCCCAUUCUCCCGCUUUCCAUCACCUCGCCCCAUUCUCCCGCUUUCCAACACCCCGCCCCAUUCUCCCGCUUUCCAUCACCCCGCCCCAUUCUCCCGCUUUCCAUCACCCCGCCCAAUUCUCCCGCUUUCCAUCACCCCGCCCCAUUCUCCCGCUUUCCAUAACCCCGGCCCAUUCUCCCUCCUUCCAUCACCCGCCCCAUUCUCCCUCCUUCCAUCACCCCGCCCCAUUCUCACGCUUUCCAUCACCCUGCCCCAAUCUCCCGCUUUCCAUCACCCCGCCCCAUUCUCCCUCCUUCCAUCACCCCGCCCCAUUCUCCCGCUUUCCAUCACCCCGCCCCAUUCUCCCGCUUUCCAUAACCCCGCACCAUUCUCCCUCCUUCCAUCACCCCGCCCCAUUCUCCCGCUUUCCAUCACCCCACCCCGUUCUCCCGCUUUCCAUCACCCCGCCCCAUUCUCCCGCUUUCCAUCACCCCUCCCCAUUCUCCCGCUUUCCAUCACCCCGCCCCAUUCUCCCGCUUUCCAUCACCCCGCCCCAUUCUCCCGCUUUCCAUCACCCCGCCCCAUUCUCCCGCUUUCCAUCACCCCGCCCCAUUCUCCCGCUUUCCAUCACCCCGCCCCAUUCUCCCGCUUUCCAUCACCCCGCCCCAUUCUCCCGCUUUCCAUCACCCCGCCCCAUUCUCCCUCCUUCCAUCACCCCGCCUCAAUCUACCUCCUUCCAUCACCCGGCCCCAUGCUCCCGCUUUCCAUCACCCCGCCCCAUUCUCCCGCUUUCCAUCACCCCGCCCCAUUCUCCCAUCACCCCGCCCCAUUCUCCCGCUUUCCAUCACCCCGCCCCAUUCUCCCGCUUUCCAUCACCACGCCCCAUUCUCCCGCUUUCCAUCACCCCGCCCCAUUCUCCCGCUUUCCAUCACUACGCCCCAUUCUCCCGCUUUCCAUCACCCCGCCCCAUUCUCUCGCUUUCCAUCACCCUGCCCCAUUCUCCCUCCUUCCAUCACCCCGCCUCAUUCUACCUCCAUCCAUCACCCCGCCCCAUUCUCCCGCUUUCCAUCACCCCGCCCCAUUCUCCCGCUUUCCAUCACCCCGCCCCAUUCUCCCGCUUUCCAUCACCCCGCCCCAUUUUUCCGCUUUCCAUCACCCCGCCCCAUUCUCUCUCCUUCCAUCACCCUGCCCCAUUCUCCCGCUUUCCAUCACCCCGCCCCAUUCUCCCGCUUUCCAUCACCCCGCCCCAUUCUCCCGCUUUCCACCACCCAGCCCCAUUCUCCAGCUUUCCAUCACCCCGCCACAUUCUCCCACUUUCCAUCACCCCGCCCCAUUGUCCCUCCUUCCAUCACCCCGCCGCAUUCUCCCUCCUUCCAUCACCCCGCCCCAUUCUCCCUCCUUUGAUCACCCCGCCCCAUUCUCCCACUUUCCAUCAGCCCGCCCCAUUCUCCCGCUUUCCAUCACCCCGCCCCAUUCUCUCGCUUUCCAUCACCCUGCCCCAUUCUCCCUCCUUCCAUCACCCCGCCUCAUUCUACCUCCUUCCAUCACCCCGCCCCAUUCUCCCGCUUUCCAUCACCCCGCCCCAUUCUCCCGCUUUCCAUCACCCCGCCCCAUUCUCCCGCUUCCCAUCAUCCCGCCCCAUUCCCCCGCUUUCCAUCACCCCUCCCCAUUCUCCCUCCUUCCAUCACCCCGCCCCAUUCUCCCGCUUUCCAUCACUCGCCCCAUUCUCCCGCUUUCCAUCACCUCGCCCCAUUCUCCUGCUUUCCAUCACCCCGCCCCAUUCUUCUGCUUUCCAUCACCUCGCCCCAUUCUCCUGCUUUCCAUCACCCCGCCCCAUUCUUCUGCUUUCCAUCACCCCGCCCCAUUCUCCCGCUUUCCAUCACCCCGCCCCAUUCUCCCGCUUUCCACCACCCAGCCCCAUUCUCCAGCUUUCCAUCACCCCGCCACAUUCUCCCACUUUCCAUCACCCCGCCCCAUUCCCGCCCCAUUCUCCCGCUUUCCAUCACCCCGCCCCAUUCUCUCGCUUUCCAUCACCCUGCCCCAUUCUCCCUCCUUCCAUCACCCCGCCUCAUUCUACCUCCUUCCAUCACCCCGCCCCAUUCUCCCGCUUUCCAUCACCCCGCCCCAUUCUCCCGCUUUCCAUCACCCCGCCCCAUUCUCCCGCUUCCCAUCAUCCCGCCCCAUUCCCCCGCUUUCCAUCACCCCUCCCCAUUCUCCCUCCUUCCAUCACCCCGCCCCAUUCUCCCGCUUUCCAUCACUCGCCCCAUUCUCCCGCUUUCCAUCACCUCGCCCCAUUCUCCUGCUUUCCAUCACCCCGCCCCAUUCUUCUGCUUUCCAUCACCCGCCCCAUUCCCCCGCUUUCCAUCACCCCUCCCCAUUCUCCCUCCUUCCAUCACCCCGCCCCAUUCUCCCGCUUUCCAUCACUCGCCCCAUUCUCCCGCUUUCCAUCACCUCGCCCCAUUCUCCUGCUUUCCAUCACCCCGCCCCAUUCUUCUGCUUUCCAUCACCCGCCCCAUUCUCCCACUUUCCAUCACCCCGCCCCGUUCUCCGGCUUUCCAUCACCCCGACCCAUCCUCUCGCUUUUCAUCACCCCGCCCCAUUCUCCCGCUUUCCAACACCCCGCCCCAUUCUCCCGCUUUCCAUCACCCCGCCCCAUUCUCCCGCUUUCCAUCACCCCGCCCCAUUCUCCCGCUUUCCAUCACCCCGCCCCAUUCUCCCGCUUUCCAUCACACUGCCCCAUUCUCCCGCUUUCCAUCAUCCCGCCCCAUUCUCCCUCCUUCCAUCACCCCGCCCCAUUCUCCCACUUUCCAUCACCCCGCCCCAUUCUCCCGCUAACAUCACCCUUCUUGAUUCUCCCGCAUUGCAUCACCCCGCCCCAUUCUCCCUCCUUCCAUCACCCCGCCCCAUUCUCCCGCUUUCCAUCAUCCACCCCAUUCUCCCGCUUUCCAUCACCCCGCCCCAUUCUCCCGCUUUCCAUCACCCCGACCCAUUCUCCCUCCUCCCAUCACCCCGCCCUCCUUCCUUCCAUCACCCCGCCCCAUUCUCCCUCCUUCCAUCACCCCGCUCCCCCCAUUCUCCCGCUUUCCAUCACACCGCCCCAUUCUCCCGCUAUCCAUCACACCGCCCCAUUCUCCCGCUUUCCAUCACCCCGCCCCAUUCUCCCUCCUUCCAUCACCCCGCCCCAUUCUCCCACUUUCCAUCACCCCGCCCCAUUCUCCCGCUAACAUCACCCUUCUCGAUUCUCCCGCUUUGCAUCACCCCGCCCCAUUCUCCCUCCUUCCAUCACCCCGCCCCAUUCUCCCGCUUUCCAUCACCCACCCCAUUCUCCCGCUUUCCAUCACCCCGCCCCAUUCUCCCGCUUUCCAUCACCCCGACCCAUUCUCCCUCCUCCCAUCACCCCGCCCUCCUUCCUUCCAUCACCCCGCCCCAUUCUCCCUCCUUCCAUCACCCCGCUCCGUUCUCCCGCUUUCCAUCACCCCGCCCCAUUCUCCCACUUUCCAUUUCCCCGCCCUAUUCUCCUGCUUUCCAUCACCCCGCCCCAUUCUCCCACUUUCCAUCACCCCGCCCCAUUCUCCCGCUUUCCAUCACCCCGCCCCAUUCUCCCGCUUUCCAUCACCCCGCCCCAUUCUCCCGCUUUCCAUCACCCCGCCCCAUUCUCCCGCUUCCCAUCAUCCCGCCCCAUUCUCCCGCUUUCCAUCGGCCCACCCCAUUCUCCCGCUUUCCAUCACCCCGCCCCAUUCUCCCGCUUCCCAUCAUCCCGCCCCAUUCCCCCGCUUUCCAUCACCCCUCCCCAUUCUCCCUCCUUCCAUCACCCCGCCCCAUUCUCCCGCUUUCCAUCACUCGCCCCAUUCUCCCGCUUUCCAUCACCUCGCCCCAUUCUCCUGCUUUCCAUCACCCCGCCCCAUUCUUCUGCUUUCCAUCACCCGCCCCAUUCCCCCGCUUUCCAUCACCCCUCCCCAUUCUCCCUCCUUCCAUCACCCCGCCCCAUUCUCCCGCUUUCCAUCACUCGCCCCAUUCUCCCGCUUUCCAUCACCUCGCCCCAUUCUCCUGCUUUCCAUCACCCCGCCCCAUUCUUCUGCUUUCCAUCACCCGCCCCAUUCUCCCACUUUCCAUCACCCCGCCCCCCCCAUUCUCCCGCUUUCCAUCACACCGCCCCAUUCUCCCGCUAUCCAUCACACCGCCCCAUUCUCCCGCUUUCCAUCACCCCGCCCCAUUCUCCCUCCUUCCAUCACCCCGCCCCAUUCUCCCACUUUCCAUCACCCCGCACCAUUCUCCCGCUAACAUCACCCUUCUCUAUUCUCCCGCUUUCCAUCACCCCGCCCCAUUCUCCCUCCUUCCAUCACCCCGCCCCAUUCUCCCGUUUUCCAUCACCCCGCCCCAUUCUCCCGCUUUCCAUCACCCCGCCCCAUUCUCCCGCUUUCCAUCACCCCGACCCAUUCUCCCUCCUUCCAUCAACCUGCCCCAUUUUCCUUCCCAUCACCCCGCCCUCCUUCCUUCCAUCACCCCGCCCCAUUCUCCCUCCUUCCAUCACCCCGCCCCGUUCUCCCGCUUUUCAUCACCCCGCCCCAUUCUCCCACUUUCCAUUUCCCCGCCCUAUUCUCCUGCUUUCCAUCACCCCGCCCCAUUCUCCCACUUUCCAUCACCCCGCCCCAUUCUCCCGCUUUCCAUCACCCCGCCCCAUUCUCCCGCUUUCCAUCACCCCGCCCCAUUCUCCCGCUUUCCAUCACCCCGCCCCAUUCUCCCGCUUUCCAUCACCCCGCCCCAUUCUCCCGCUUUCCAUCACCCGCCCCAUUCUCCCGCUUUCCAUCACCCCGCCCCAAUCUCCCGCUUUCCAUCACCCCGCCCCAUUCUCCCGCUUUCCAUCACCCCGCCCCAUUCUCCCGCUUUCCAUCACCCCGCCCCAUUCUCCCUCCUUCCAUCACCCCGCCUCAAUCUACCUCCUUCCAUCACCCCGCCCCAUGCUCCCGCUUUCCAUCACCCCGCCCCAUUCUCCCGUUUUCUAUCACCCCGCCCCAUUCUCCCGCUUUCCAUCACCCCGCCCCAUUCUCCCAUCACCCCGCCCCAUUCUCCCGCUUUCCAUCACCCCGCCCCAUUCUCCCGCUUUCCAUCACCACGCCCCAUUCUCCCGCUUUCCAUCACCCCGCCCCAUUCUCCCGCUUUCCAUCACUACGCCCCAUUCUCCCGCUUUCCAUCACCCUGCCCCAUUCUCUCGCUUUCCAUCACCCUGCCCCAUUCUCCCUCCUUCCAUCACCCCGCCUCAUUCUACCUCCUUCCAUCACCCCGCCCCAUUCUCCCGCUUUCCAUCACCCCGCCCCAUUCUCCCGCUUUCCAUCACCCUGCCCCAUUCUCCCGCUUUCCAUCACCCCGCCCCAUUUUUCCGCUUUCCAUCAUCCGCCCCAUUCUCUCUCCUUCCAUCACCCUACCCCAUUCUCCCGCUUUCCAUCACCCCGCCCCAUUCUCCCGCUUUCCAUCACCCCGCCCCAUUCUCCCGCUUUCCACCACCCAGCCCCAUUCUCCAGCUUUCCAUCACCCCGCCACAUUCUCCCACUUUCCAUCAACCCGCCCCAUUGUCCCUCCUUCCAUCACCCCGCCGCAUUCUCCCUCCUUCCAUCACCCCGCCCCAUUCUCCCACUUUCCAUCAGCCCGCCCCAUUCUCCCGCUUUCCAUCACCCCGCCCCAUUCUCUCGCUUUCCAUCACCCUGCCCCAUUCUCCCUCCUUCCAUCACCCCGCCUCAUUCUACCUCCUUCCAUCACCACGCCCCAUUCUCCCGCUUUCCAUCACCCCGCCCCAUUCUCCCGCUUUCCAUCACCCCGCCCCAUUCUCCCGCUUCCCAUCAUCCCGCCCCAUUCCCCCGCUUUCCAUCACCCCUCCCCAUUCUCCCUCCUUCCAUCACCCCGCCCCAUUCUCCCGCUUUCCAUCACACGCCCCAUUCUCCCGCUUUCCAUCACCUCGCCCCAUUCUCCUGCUUUCCAUCACCCCGCCCCAUUCUUCUGCUUUCCAUCACCCCGCCCCAUUCUACCGCUUUCCAUCACCCCGCCCCAUUCACCCGCAUUCCAUCACCCGCCCCAUUCUCCCGCUUUCCAUCACCCCGCCCCCCCUAUUCUCCCGAUUUCCAUCACCCCGCCCCAUUUUCCUGCUUUCCAUCACCCCGCCCCAUUCUCCCGCUUUCCAUCACCCUGCCCCAAUCUCCCGCUUUCCAUCACCCCGCCCCAUUCUCCCUCCUUCCAUCACCCCGCCCCAUUCUCCCGCUUUCCAUCACCCCGCCCCAUUCUCCCGCUUUCCAUAACCCCGCCCCAUUCUCCCUCCUUUCAUCACCCGCCCCAUUCUCCCUCCUUCCAUCACACCGCCCCAUUCUCCCUCCUUCCAUCACCCCGCCCCAUUCUCCCGCUUUCCAUCGGCCCACCCCAUUCUCCCGCUUUCCAUCACCACGCCCCAUUCUCCCGCUUUCCAUCACCCCGCCCCAUUCUCCCACUUUCCAUCACCCCGCCCCACUCUCCCGCUUUCCAUCACCCUGCCCCAUUCUCCCGCUUUCCAUCACACCGCCCCAUUCUCCCGCUUUCCAUCACACCGCCCCAUUCUCCCGCUUUCCAUCACCCCGCCCCAUUCUCCCUCCUUCCAUCACCCCGCCCCAUUCUCCCACUUUCCAUCACCCCGCCCCAUUCUCCCGCUAACAUCACCCUUCUCGAUUCUCCCGCUUUCCAUCACCCCGCCCCAUUCUCCCUCCUUCCAUCACCCCGCCCCAUUCUCCUGCUUUCCAUCACCCGCCCCAUUCUCCCGCUUUCCAUCACCCCGCCCCAUUCUCCCGCUUUCCAUCACCCCGACCCAUUCCCCCUCCUUCCAUCACCCCGCCCCAUUCUCCUUCCCAUCACCCCGCCCUCCUUCCUUCCAUCACCCCGCCCCAUUCUCCCUCCUUCCAUCACCCCGCCCCCCCCAUUCUCCCGCUUUCCAUCACCCCGCCCCAUUCUCCCGCUUUCCAUCACCCUGCCCCAAUCUCCCGCUUUCCAUCACCCCGCCCCAUUCUCCUGCUUUCCAUCACUCUGCCCCAAUCUCCUGCUUUACAUCACCCCGCCCCAUUCUCCCUCCUUCCAUCACCCCGCCCCAUUCUCCCGCUUUCCAUCACCCCGCCCCAUUCUCCCGCUUUCCAUAACCCCGCCCCGUUCUCCCUCCUUUCAUCACCUGCCCCAUUCUCCCUCCUUCCAUCACCCCGCCCCAUUCUCCCUCCUUCCAUCACCCCGCCCCCUUCUCCCGCUUUCCAUCGGCCCACCCCAUUCUCCCGCUUUCCAUCACCCGGCCCCAUUCUCCCGCUUUCCAUCACCCCGCCCCAUUCUCCCGCUUUCCAUCACCCCGCCCCAUUCUCACGCUUUCCAUCACCCAGCCCCAUUCUCCUGCUUUCCAUCACACCGCCCCAUUCUCCCGCUAUCCAUCCCACCGCCCCAUUCUCCCGCUUUCCAUCACCCCGCCCCAUUCUCCCUCCUUCCAUCACCCCGCCCCAUUCUCCCACUUUCCAUCACCCCGCACCAUUCUCCCGCUAACAUCACCCUUCUCUAUUCUCCCGCUUUCCAUCACCCCGCCCCAUUCUCCCUCCUUCCAUCACCCCGCCCCAUUCUCCCGCUUUCCAUCACCUCGCCCCAUUCUCCCGCUUUCCAUCACCCCGCCCCAUUCUCCUGCUUUCCAUCACCCCGACCCAUUCUCCCUCCUUCCAUCACCCCGCCCCAUUUUCCUUCCCAUCACCCCGCACUCCUUCCUUCCAUCACCCCGCCCCAUUCUCCCUCCUUCCAUCACCCCGCCCCGUUCUCCCGCUUUCCAUCACCCCGCCCCAUUCUCCCACUUUCCAUUUCCCCGCCCUAUUCUCCUGCUUUCCAUCACCCCGCCCCAUUCUCCCACUUUCCAUCACCCCGCCCCAUUCUCCCGCUUUCCAUCACCCCGCCCCAUUCUCCCGCUUUCCAUCACCCCGCCCCAUUCUCCCGCUUUCCAUCACCCCGCCCCAUUCUCCCGCUUUCCAUCACACCGCCCCAUUCUCCCGCUUUCCAUCACCCCAUCCCAUUCUCCCGCUUUCCAUCACCCCGCCCCAUCCUCCCGCUUUCCAUCACCCCGCCCCAAUCUCCCGCUUUCCGUCACCCCGCCCCAUUCUCCCGCUUUCCAUCAACCCGCCCCAUUGCUCCUUCCUUCCAUCACCCCGCCCCAUUCUCCCUCCUUCCAUCACCGCGCCCCAUUCUCCCGCAAUCCAUCACCCCGCCCCAUUCUCCCGCUUUCCAUUUCCCCGCCCCAUUCUCCCGCUUUCCAUCAUCCCGCCCCAUUCUCCCGCUUUCCAUCACCCCGCCCCAUUCUCCCACUUUCCAUUUCCCCGCCCUAUUCUCCUGCUUUCCAUCACCCCGCCCCAUUCUCCCACUUUCCAUCACCCCGCCCCAUUCUCCCGCUUUCCAUCACCCCGCCCCAUUCUCCCGCUUUCCAUCACCCCGCCCCAUUCUCCCGCUUUCCAUCACCCCGCCCCAUUCUCCCGCUUUCCAUCACACCGCCCCAUUCUCCCGCUUUCCAUCACCCCAUCCCAUUCUCCCGCUUUCCAUCACCCCGCCCCAUCCUCCCGCUUUCCAUCACCCCGCCCCAAUCUCCCGCUUUCCGUCACCCCGCCCCAUUGUCCCACUUUUCAUCACCCCGCCCCAUUCUCCCUCCUUCCAUCACCCCGCCCCAUUCUCCCUCCUUCCAUCACCCUACCCCAUCCUCUCUCUUUCCAUCACCCCGCCCCAUUCUCCCGCUUUCCAUCACCCCACCCCAUUCUCCCGCUUUCCAUCACCCCGCCCGAUUCUCCCGCUUUCCAUCAUCCCGCCCGAUUCUCCCGCAUUCCAUCACCCCGCCCCAUUCUCCUGCUUUCCAUCACACCGCCCCAUUCUCCCGCUAUCCAUCCCACCGCCCCAUUCUCCCGCUUUCCAUCACCCCGCCCCAUUCUCCCUCCUUCCAUCACCCCGCCCCAUUCUCCCACUUUCCAUCACCCCGCACCAUUCUCCCGCUAACAUCACCCUUCUCUAUUCUCCCGCUUUCCAUCACCCCGCCCCAUUCUCCCUCCUUCCAUCACCCCGCCCCAUUCUCCCGCUUUCCAUCACCUCGCCCCAUUCUCCCGCUUUCCAUCACCCCGCCCCAUUCUCCUGCUUUCCAUCACCCCGACCCAUUCUCCCUCCUUCCAUCACCCCGCCCCAUUUUCCUUCCCAUCACCCCGCACUCCUUCCUUCCAUCACCCCGCCCCAUUCUCCCUCCUUCCAUCACCCCGCCCCGUUCUCCCGCUUUCCAUCACCCCGCCCCAUUCUCCCACUUUCCAUUUCCCCGCCCUAUUCUCCUGCUUUCCAUCACCCCGCCCCAUUCUCCCACUUUCCAUCACCCCGCCCCAUUCUCCCGCUUUCCAUCACCCCGCCCCAUUCUCCCGCUUUCCAUCACCCCGCCCCAUUCUCCCGCUUUCCAUCACCCCGCCCCAUUCUCCCGCUUUCCAUCACACCGCCCCAUUCUCCCGCUUUCCAUCACCCCAUCCCAUUCUCCCGCUUUCCAUCACCCCGCCCCAUCCUCCCGCUUUCCAUCACCCCGCCCCAAUCUCCCGCUUUCCGUCACCCCGCCCCAUUCUCCCGCUUUCCAUCAACCCGCCCCAUUGUCCCACUUUUCAUCACCCCGCCCCAUUCUCCCUCCUUCCAUCACCCCGCCCCAUUCUCCCUCCUUCCAUCACCCUACCCCAUCCUCUCUCUUUCCAUCACCCCGCCCCAUUCUCCCGCUUUCGAUCACCCCACCCCAUUCUCCCUCCUUCCAUCACCCGGCCCCAUUCUCCCUCCUUCUAUGACCCCGCCCCAUUCUCCCUCCUUCCAUCACCCCGCCCCAUUCUCCCGCUUUCCAUCACCCCGCCCCAUUCUCCCACUUUCCAUCACCCCACCCGAUUCUCCCGCUUUCGAUCACCCCACCCCAUUCUCCCUCCUUCCAUCACCCGGCCCCAUUCUCCCUCCUUCCAUGACCCCGCCCCAUUCUCCCACUUUCCAUCACCCCGCCCCAUUCUCCCGCUUUCCAUCACCCCGCCCCAUUCUCCCACUUUCCAUCACCCCACCCGAUUCUCCCGCUUUCCAUCACCCCACCCCAGGCUCCUUCCUUCCAUCACCCCGCCCCAUUCUCCCUCCUUCCAUCACCGCGCCCCAUUCUCCCGCAAUCCAUCACCCCGCCCCAUUCUCCCGCUUUCCAUUUCCCCGCCCCAUUCUCCCGCUUUCCAUCAUCCCGCCCCAUUCUCCCGCUUUCCAUCACCCCGCCCCAUUCUCCCACUUUCCAUUUCCCCGCCCUAUUCUCCUGCUUUCCAUCACCCCGCCCCAUUCUCCCACUUUCCAUCACCCCGCCCCAUUCUCCCGCUUUCCAUCACCCCGCCCCAUUCUCCCGCUUUCCAUCACCCCGCCCCAUUCUCCCGCUUUCCAUCACCCCGCCCCAUUCUCCCGCUUUCCAUCACACCGCCCCAUUCUCCCGCUUUCCAUCACCCCAUCCCAUUCUCCCGCUUUCCAUCACCCCGCCCCAUCCUCCCGCUUUCCAUCACCCCGCCCCAAUCUCCCGCUUUCCGUCACCCCGCCCCAUUCUCCCGCUUUCCAUCAACCCGCCCCAUUGUCCCACUUUUCAUCACCCCGCCCCAUUCUCCCUCCUUCCAUCACCCCGCCCCAUUCUCCCUCCUUCCAUCACCCUACCCCAUCCUCUCUCUUUCCAUCACCCCGCCCCAUUCUCCCGCUUUCCAUCACCCCACCCCAUUCUCCCGCUUUCCAUCACCCCGCCCGAUUCUCCCGCUUUCCAUCAUCCCGCCCGAUUCUCCCGCAUUCCAUCACCCCGCCCCAUUCUCCUGCUUUCCAUCACCCCGCCCCAUUGUCCCUCCUUCCAUCACCCCGCCCCAUUCUCCCUCCUUUCAUCACCCCGCCCCAUUCUCCCUCCUUUGAUCACCCCGCCCCAUUCUCCCACUUUCCAUCAGCCCGCCUCAUUCUCCCGCUUUCCAUCACCCCGCCCCUUUCUCCCGCUUUCCAUCUCCCCACCCCAUUCUCCCGCUUUCCAUCACCCCGCCCCAUUCUCCCGCUUUCCAUCACCCCGCCCCAUUCUCCCGCUUCCCAUCAUCCCGCCCCAUUCCCCCGCUUUCCAUCACCCCGCCCCAUUCUCCCUCCUUCCAUCAGCCCGCCCCAUUCUCCCGCUUUCCAUCACCCGCCCCAUUCUCCUGCUUUCCAUCACCUCGCCCCAUUCUCCCGCUUUCCAUCACCCCGCCCCAUUCUUCUGCUUUCCAUCACCCUGCCCCAUUCUCCCGCUUUCCAUCACCCCGCCCCAUUCACCCGCAUUCCAUCACCCGCCCCAUUCUCCCGCUUUCCAUCACCCCGCCCCGUUCUCCCGCUUUCCAUCACCCCGACCCAUCCUCCCGCUUUUCAUCACCCCGCCCCAUUCUCCCGCUUUCCAACACCCAGCCCCAUUCUCCCGCUUUCCAUCACCUCGCCCCAUUCUCCCGCUUUCCAUCACCCCGCCCCAUUCUCCCGCUUUCCAUCACUCCGCCCCAUUCUCCCGCUUUCCAUCACCCCGCCCCAUUCUCCCGCUUUCCAUCACCCCGCCCCAUUCUCCCUCCUUCCAUCACCCCGCCUCAUUCUCCCUCCUUCCAUCACCCCUCCCCAUUCUCCCGCUUUCCAUCACCCCGCCCCAUUCUCCUGCUUUCCAUCACGCAGCCCCAUUCUCCCGCUUUCCAUCACCCCGCCCCAUUUUCCUGCUUUCCAUCACCCCGCCCCAUUCUCCCGCUUUCCAUCACCCUGCCCCAAUCUCUUGCUUUCCAUCACCCCGCCCCAUUCUCCCUCCUUCCAUCACCCCGCCCCAUUCUCCCGCUUUCCAUCACCCCGCCCCAUUCUCCCGCUUUCCAUAACCCCGCCCCAUUCUCCCUCCUUUCAUCACCCGCCCCAUUCUCCCUCCUUCCAUCACCCCGCCCCAUUCUCCCUCCUUCCAUCACCCCGCCCCAUUCUCCCGCUUUCCAUCGGCCCACCCCAUUCUCCCGCUUUCCAUCACCCCGCCCCAUUCUCCUGCUUUCCAUCACCCCGCCCCAUUCUCCCGCUUUCCAUCACCCCGCCCCAUUCUGACGCUUUCCAUCACCACGCCCCAUUCUCCCGCUUUCCAUCACACCGCCCCAUUCUCCCGCUUUCCAUCACACCGCCCCAUUCUCCCGCUUUCCAUCACCCCGCCCCAUUCUCCCGCUUCCCAUCAUCCCGCCCCAUUCCCCCGCUUUCCAUCACCCCGCCCCAUUCUCCCUCCUUCCAUCAGCCCGCCCCAUUCUCCCGCUUUCCAUCACCCGCCCCAUUCUCCCGCUUUCCAUCACCUCGCCCCAUUCUCCCGCUUUCCAUCACCCCGCCCCAUUCUUCUGCUUUCCAUCACCCUGCCCCAUUCUCCCGCUUUCCAUCACCCCGCCCCAUUCACCCGCAUUCCAUCACCCGCCCCAUUCUCCCGCUUUCCAUCACCCCGCCCCGUUCUCCCGCUUUCCAUCACCCCGACCCAUCCUCCCGCUUUUCAUCACCCCGCCCCAUUCUCCCGCUUUCCAACACCCAGCCCCAUUCUCCCGCUUUCCAUCACCUCGCCCCAUUCUCCCGCUUUCCAUCACCCCGCCCCAUUCUCCCGCUUUCCAUCACUCCGCCCCAUUCUCCCGCUUUCCAUCACCCCGCCCCAUUCUCCCGCUUUCCAUCACCCCGCCCCAUUCUCCCUCCUUCCAUCACCCCGCCUCAUUCUCCCUCCUUCCAUCACCCCUCCCCAUUCUCCCGCUUUCCAUCACCCCGCCCCAUUCUCCUGCUUUCCAUCACCCAGCCCCAUUCUCCCGCUUUCCAUCACCCCGCCCCAUUUUCCUGCUUUCCAUCACCCCGCCCCAUUCUCCCGCUUUCCAUCACCCUGCCCCAAUCUCUUGCUUUCCAUCACCCCGCCCCAUUCUCCCUCCUUCCAUCACCCCGCCCCAUUCUCCCGCUUUCCAUCACCCCGCCCCAUUCUCCCGCUUUCCAUAACCCCGCCCCAUUCUCCCUCCUUUCAUCACCCGCCCCAUUCUCCCUCCUUCCAUCACCCCGCCCCAUUCUCCCUCCUUCCAUCACCCCGCCCCAUUCUCCCGCUUUCCAUCGGCCCACCCCAUUCUCCCGCUUUCCAUCACCCCGCCCCAUUCUCCUGCUUUCCAUCACCCCGCCCCAUUCUCCCGCUUUCCAUCACCCCGCCCCAUUCUCCCGCUUUCCAUCACCACGCCCCAUUCUCCCGCUUUCCAUCACACCGCCCCAUUCUCCCGCUUUCCAUCACACCGCCCUAUUCUCCCGCUUUCCAUCACCCCGCCCCAUUCUCCCUCCUUCCAUCACCCCGCCCCAUUCUCCCACUUUCUAUCACCCCGCCCCAUUCUCCCGCUAA